GGUUCCUUUUAACUGCCUUUUGGAUGCUGGCAAGCUCAGGUCCCACUUGGUGAGGCCGGCAGAUGGCGAUGCGUCUCCUUGGCUCAGCCUGGAGCUCCCAAGCAAGUUGUGGUUCCUAUGUAAAUCCUCGCUUUGGUUACAAACCCUCCUCCCUCCCUCCCCUCCUCCUCCCGUCUCCCUCUCGCGCUCUCUCGCUCUCCAGCUUUUUCUCCCUCCUUGCUUCCCUCCUGCCCUUCCUCCUAGGCUUGUGUAGCUAUCUUGCAUUCCCAUCCCAGCCUGUCGCUAUCGCAUCCGAGAAGACCAUGGCGCAAAGGGGGACACCCCAGUCUUGGACGCGGACCCUCCCGGAGGGGAGAACCCGGAGCCCCGGAGCGCAGCUGCUGUCGCCACCGCUGCUGCUGCUGCUGCUGCUCUGUGCCUCGGGGGCUGCGCUGCGGUGCCCGGAGCCGGGGGGCGAAGGUCCUUGCUCUUGGGUGACCCGGUCUGGAAGGAGCCCGCUCCUCGGUGGCGGCGGUGGAGGUGGCGGUGACGGCGGCGGGGAGCCCAAGCCAGGCGCGGACCGGAGCGCACUCAGUAUCAGCGAAGGAGGCGACCCGGCUGCGUGGAAGAGUCGCUCUCGGAGAGCGGCGCCGGCGGCUGGAGCAUCCCCCAGGGCGCAGGUCUCUCUGAUCAGCACCUCGUUUGUGCUCAAAGGGGACGCGACCCACAACCAGGCGAUGGUGCACUGGACCGGAGAGAACAGCAGCGUAAUUUUGAUUCUGACCAAGUAUUACCACGCUGACAUGGGAAAGGUGCUGGAGAGCUCUCUGUGGAGGUCAUCAGAUUAUGGGACUACCUACACCAAACUCAACUUACAGCCUGGCAUUACUACUGUGAUUGACAACUUCUACAUAUGCCCUACAAACAAGAGAAAGAUAAUUCUUGUAAGCUCUUCUCUUAAUGACCGGGACCAGAGCCUUUUCCUGAGUACUGAUGAGGGGGCCACCUUUCAGAAACAGCUCAUCACAUUCUUUGUCGAAACUCUGAUUUUCCAUCCCAAGGAGGAGGAUAAAGUGGUUGCCUACACUAAGGAGAGCAAGGUCUAUUUAUCAACUGAUUUAGGAAAAAAAUGGAUCCUUCUUCAAGAACGAGUGACCAAAGACCAUGUUUUCUGGGCUGUGGCUGGAGUAGAUGGGGAACCAGAUUUAGUUCAUAUGGAAAUCCAGGAUCUUAGUGGAGGUUUCCGAUAUGUCACCUGUCAGUCUCAGAAUUGCUCUGAUAGAACACCCACGAUUCCAUUUGCCAGCAGCAUUGACCACAAUUCCCUGACUGUGCAGGAUGACUACGUAUUCUUUAAGGCGACAACAGCAAAUCGGACUAAAUAUUACGUAUCUUAUCGACGCAAUGAAUUUGUUUUGAUGAAGCUACCAAAAUAUGCCCUUCCCAAGGAUUUGCAGAUUAUCAGCACUGAUGAAAAUGAAGUAUUUGUGGCUGUCCAAGAAUGGUACCAAACAGACACGUACAACCUUUACCAAUCAGACCCACAGGGUGUAUACUAUUCAAUUGUGCUUGAGAACGUAAGAAGCACAAAGCAACCAGAAGAGAAUGUUCUGAUCGAUAUCCUAGAGGUCAGAGGGGUGAAAGGAGUCUUCUUAGCCAACCAAAAGAUUGAUGGAAAAGUCACAACAGUGAUAACUUACAACAAAGGCCGAGACUGGGAUUAUCUGACUCCACCAGCCACUGAUAUGAAUGGCAAACCCACCAAUUGUAAACUGCCUGACUGCCAUCUUCACCUGCACCUUCGAUGGGCAGACAAUCCAUAUGUGUCAGGCACUGUGCAUACCAAGGACACAGCACCUGGUCUGAUCAUGGGAGCAGGUAACCUGGGCUCGCAGCUGGUGGAAUACAAAGAAGAAAUGUACAUCACCUCGGACUGUGGAAAUACUUGGCGUCAGGUCUUUGAAGAGGAACACCACAUUCUGUACCUGGAUCACGGUGGAGUGAUUGUGGCUAUCAAAGACACCUCCAUCCCCUUGAAAAUACUCAAGUUCAGCAUUGAUGAAGGUCAUACCUGGAGCACACAUAAUUUCACUAGUACUUCUGUCUUCGUGGAUGGAUUACUAAGUGAGCCAGGGGAUGAGACUCUGGUGAUGACGGUCUUUGGUCACAUAAGUUUCCGUUCAGAUUGGGAACUGGUGAAAGUGGAUUUCAGGCCCUCUUUUCCCAGGCAAUGCACUGAGGAUGAUUAUGACUACUGGAAUCUCACCAACUUACAGGGUAAUCGUUGCAUCAUGGGCCAACAGAGGAGCUUCCGAAAAAGGAAGACCACAUCAUGGUGUAUCAAGGGACAGAGCUUCACAUCAGUGCUCACAUCCAGUGUGUGCAAGUGUUCAAGCUCAGAUUUCUUUUGUGAUUAUGGGUUUGAACGAUCAGCACCUUCAAAAUCAGAAGCCAAAAAGUGUUUUGCAAAUUUCUGGUUUAAUCCUGAUUCACCUCCUGAAGACUGUGUGUUGGGUCAAGCAUACACUAGCAGUCCAGGGUACCGGAAAGUGAUAUCUAAUGUCUGUGAAGGCGGUGUAGACCUGCAGCGGUAUGUGUUCCAGCAUCAAUGUCCCCUGACAGCCCCCAGAGGAUUGCAAGUCAGCAUCAAAGGAGAGACAGUUGCUGUGAAGCCGGGAGAGGACAUCACAUUUGUGGUUAGACAGGAGCAGGGAGAUGUUCUUAAUACAAAGUACCUGGUGGACCUUGGUGAUGGCUUUAAGGCUGUCUAUGUGAACCUCACUGCGACUGGGGAACCUAUCCGACACCGCUAUGAGAAUCCAGGAAUCUACCGUGUCUUUGUCAAAGCAGAGAAUGCUGCUGGUCAUGAGGAAACGGUGCUGUUUGUUCAAGUGAAUUCUCCUCUACGGGCUUUACACCUUGAAGUGGUUCCUGUUAUUGGAGUAAACCAGGAAGUCAAUCUCACUGCCAUUCUGCUUCCCCAAAAUCCCAAUCUAACAGUCUUCUACUGGUGGAUAGGAAACAACUUACAGCCCCUUCUCUCUCUGGAUAAUUUUCUUGUCACGCGAUUUUCAGAAACAGGUGAAAUCCGAGUAACCGUUCAAGCCUCCUGUGGGAAUUCCAUGCUCCAGGAUUCCAAAGUCAUCAGGGUUUUAGAUCAGUUUCAAGUUCUGCCUCUGAAGUUCACCAAACACUUGGAUAUGUAUAAUCCCAACAUCCCUGAAUGGCGAGAAGACAUUGGCUUGGUAGUCACCCGCCUCCUUUCUGAGGAAACCAAUAUCCCUGAAGAGUCUUUACUAACUGUGGUGAAACCAGGGCUUCCCACAACUGCUGACUUGCAUGUGCUUCUGCCAUCACCUAAACCAAAGAGGAAGAGGAGCAUCCCAAAUGAUAAGAGGAUCAUGGCCAUCAAGCAAGUUUUGAAUGCCCACAACAUCAGCUUUUUCCUACGAGGAGGCUUCUGGGUGCUUGUAACAUUACGUGACACAGAUUCAGAUUCUCAAAGGAUUGGAGGAGGAGGUGGAUAUUGGGCCCUCAUUGUUUUAUUCCUUAUUUGCCUAUUUGCAGUGGGAGCAUUCAUUCUCUACAAAUUUAAAAGGAAAUUACCUGGCAGAACUGUCUAUGCUCAGAUGCACAAUGAAAAGGAACAAGAGAUGACCAGCCCAGUCAAUCACAGCGAGGACACACAGAACAUCAUCCAGGGUGAGGAGUUUAUAGAUGAUGAUGUGGAUUCCCAAACCCUAGGUAACACCAGAGUGACCUCUUCUGAGAGAGGGGGACGCUUGAGCAGCCACCGAAUCCCCUUAUUGCCGAUGCCAGUCACUGCCCAGUCUCAGGUAAUCACUCAGGCGUGGUUCUGAGCAUCAACUCUCGAGAGAUGCACAGCUACCUGGUUAGCUGAUGUUUGCAGCUGGACACAAACAUGGAAGACUCUUCUCUGUCUUGUUUUGUUCCCCAUCCUUCUCCAUCCCCGCCCUGGGGAGGUCACAGAAUGGCAAGCAUGGCUAUAACUGAUGUUGGAAAUGGACAUCCCUGAAAAAGACACCCAGAAGAAUGAUCUUUGCUGAUGGUCCCCAUUGCAAACAAGGACACAUCUCACCUCAUAUUCACUGGAUGGACUUCAAGCCUAGACCAACUCCAACACAAACUGCUAGCAGAUACAUGCAGCCCAAGAUACUCCCCAGACUCCCUGCUCCUGGUGUUUACUUGCCCCCACUAUUUGUGUAUUUGUUCUGAUCUCUUUUAUGCCUGAUGACCCUUAUCAUUGGCAGGUAGUCUCACAGGCCUAAAUGGAAAUGUCUAGCAGCAGAAGAAAGGACCAGAAAGAUGCCUCGCUAAAAAUAGUAAAAUUCCCACCGAUAGUUUGGCUUAAGGGAUACUUAAGGGAAAACCUGAGUCUUCCUGUUCCCCAGGAGUGCAAACCCAUUUUGGCGAGCUUCUUCUUCCUCAUCAAUUCUAUCCUAAAUAUCCUAAAUUAAGCUACUAGGAUUUCUUGCUCUUAAUAAACCCUUGUAGAAGUCCUAAUACUAACAACUUCCAUUUAUCCUAUACUUUCAAGUUCCCAAAGUGCUUUUCUCCCAAUAAUCCUAUAAAACAAGACAUGUGAAUUUGAGUAUUCCUGUUUUAUAGAUGGGAAAACUGAGGCUCAGAAAGAUAUCAUUUGCUCAAUUUAUUUCAAAUUAUUUAUCUCAUAGCUGGGAAGAUUCAGAAUUAGGACUUGAACAUAAAUCUCUGAAGUCCAGGUCCAGUGCUUUUUCCCCUACCAUAACACCUCUAGCUAGAUGACACAGGGGGUAGAAGAACUGAAUUCAAAUCUGGCCUCAGAUACUACUUAUGUGACCGUAAGCAAAUCACUUCAUCCUGUUUGCCUCAGUUUUCUCAUCUGUAAAAUGAACUAGAGAAGGAAAUGGCAGACCUUUUUAUUAUCUUUGCCAAGAAAACCACAAAAGGGGAAACAAAGAGUUGGACACAACUGCAAACAAAUUUAAAAAGCAAACAAAAAGCCCACUCUACUAGCAUGGUAAUUAGAAACUAAUAGAUUUUCAAAAGAUGACUUAAUCCACCUCCCUAAUUGUAUAGAUGAGGACAAUAAAUACCAAGGAUGGGAAGUGACUUUCUAGCAAGUGUCAGAGUCGAGACUUCAAGCUAGGUCUCCUAUCUCCAGGUCAAGAGCUGCUUUCCCUACUCAUUUUACCUGUCAUCAACUGCCCACACAUCUAUAGCAAUUUACUAUGAAGGCUUACAAAAGGUCUCAUUGACCUGAAGGAUGAAUGAAGACGGGAACCAUUCCAAGUUAGGGACUUGCUUCGCUUCCCAAGCAUAGCAUCUCAGUAUCCAGUGUAAGCAGCCCCAGAAAGCACUCACCCCACUUAGCCAUGGCCACUAAGGGUCCCCUCAGUCCCUCUCUUCCCCCAUUACCCUUCCUCUUUCCUCUUUUUAAAAAUCAGAUAAUGUAAAUACUUCUUUAAGUAACUUUUGGGGUAUUUUUUUUAACUUUCUAUUUUUAUGGUAGGGCCACACAGGCUGUCCAAGCUUGAGUUUAGCCCUCCUCCCCGAUCCCUAUAUUUGUCAAAGCAACAGCAGAUGGAAAUAAUAACAAUAACUCACAUUUCUAUAGCGCUUUAAGGUUUACAAAGCACCUUCUUCCCAACAACCAAGUGAGAUAAUCAGUGUAGGUUUAUAUGGAUCUCAUUUUACACAUGGGGAAACUGAGGCUUUGAGAGGUUCAUUGGCUUGCCCAGUUAAAUAAAGUUAGUAAGUAUUUGAAAGGGAAUUCUGGUAGGUCUCUUUAUGAAAAGAAAUCCAAAGCUCUUUUCACACUCUCUUGGGCUUCUGGAGGUGUUCUUCCAAAUGGCUAUGGCGACCUUCUUUGGACCUCUUCUGGUUGUAACACUGACUCUAAAAGCCAAGCAGACCAGACUCUUCCUCUAGAAGGCACUAAGACCAAGGGACAGAAUGUACUGUCCAGAUUGCUCUGUUUCCAUGCAACCACAGGAUGGCACUCUUCCUCCAUGCUACCCCUACCCAGUGAUUUUUCUAUAAGGCAAGAUAGUGGAGCUUUUAGAGGAAUCCAUCCCUAAAAGAUAUUGAAGCAAUUUAGUGUCUGGGUGGACAUAGCUCUGUUUCAGUGGCCCAGGCAAUUGAGAAACCACAAAUCACAUGUGACAACUGCAUUGUUGCUUAGAAUGAGAGACACUAACUCAGCAAAAAAAUGGGGAUUGUCAACUCGAGAGGCAUAGAAGUAUUAAAGAUACUAAGAAAUACAAAUAGUUCCUGCUGUCAAGGAGCUCACAAUCACAAAGUGAAGGAGAAAUAAUUUGUGCAUGUGGAUAAUCUCCUGAGAAAAGCACCAGCAUUCAGGAGGAGUUCCAAGGAAAACCUUGCAGAAAGUGGGAUUUUUGCAGACUGUAAGGAUACCACAUAAACUGGGAGAUGGAAAUGAGGCAGAGAAUUUGGCUUUGGACGUUCAUAAAAAUAAUAGAAUUCUAGAUCUGAAAGGGACCUUGUUUAGAAAUCACCCAGUGCUUGUAAUCAACCUCAGCCUGAGGUUUCAUUAGUGUGGGAAAUUCCUUGUAUCUAAAAUCAAUCAGGAACUACUUUACAAAUCUUUGGAUUUAGAAGGUUGCCCGGGGCCUUGAAAGGUUAGCCAAAAGGGUGAAGCAAGUAGCAAAGUUAAGAAAUGAUCAAACUAGAACUCAGUCAAGUCUUCUGAUUCUAGAGCUAAUGCUCCAUUCAUCCUCCAACAAAGAGUAUAUACUACCAAGACUUCCUUGAGAUUUUCACACAAGAAAAUGCUUAUCUGGAGAUGAUUUAGAAGUUCUCCUCUAUCUCUUAUUAAUUCUUCCAGAUAUAAUACAAAGUGCCAAUCAUAGCGUUAAUAAAUUUAGACCAGGAAAUGUCCCUCAAAGAACAUUGUUCCGUCCAUAUCAGCCCAGUUUUAUGGCUGAAGAAUCAGACCUAGGGAUGAUAGGUGAAUUCCUCAAAAUCACACAACUUAUAAGGAGCCAGUAUUUGAAACCAAACCCAUAAUUCUUCCUACUAUGCCAUGAAGUAGUGUGGCUUUAUUCAGUAAACCACACUUGUAGGGGUAUCCUCUAUUCUAGAAUGUAGGAACCCUUAUAAAGCACAGUCUACUGGGGGAAGAUAGUGGGUCCCCAAAAGCUUUGAUUAUAUAGAGUAUAACUCUCCAUAGCCCCUGCCAUGGAAGUCAUUCUGGGAAAUGACCACCUCCACCAGCUUUACUGAAGUUCUCAAUGUCAUGAGAGGCUACUAGAGGCCCUAAAUGGUAAUGUUAUAUGAUCUUGUUAUGUGAACUUCUUCCCUUACCAUUUUACAGAAGAAGACUCUGAUGCCCAAGUAUGAAUGUCUGAGCUCACACACAGCAGACUCAAGUCUGAACCCUAUGUCUUUUGGCUCCAGAUCCUGGGCUUUUCCCGUUAUAUCAUGUUGAACCUAUUUCAUUGAACAUCUAACUUUGUUCAUAGUGACAUAGAAAAUGGCAAUCAGAUUUCCAGUUAUUGCUCAAUCAUGAAAGCUCAAAAUGGAUUGACAUUAGAGAUAACUAAGUAUAUAAUGCAGGCAGAUUUUUCAGACAGGGAAACUGAGGCCCAGGAAAGGAAGCAACUGGAUCAAGGUCACAAAGUAGCAGGACCAGGAUUUGAAUGCCAAGUCUUCUUUCUGCAACUCAGAAGCACUUCCACUUGCAUCCCUUUUUUUUUUUUUCUCUUCAAGUUGGUCUAAGAUAGAGCUGGUAUUAUUAUCCUGUUUGACAGAUGAGAGACACAAUGACUUGUACAAGAUCAUGCAACUAAUUGGUGACAGAGUGGGAUACUAGAACCCAUAUCCAAAUAGCAGAAUAUGUAGAAUGGUAUUUUUUGUUUGGGUGUUUUUUUUCCUUUGUUUUUUUUUUUUUUUCCUGAAAGGACAUUCACUGAGUUCUACAGAUUAACAAGAGAAGGCAUGGACUCUUCAUACUCCUAAACUGAUAUUCUGUCUAUAUCAUUUGUAUAUUUCUUUUUCCAUUUCCCUGGCAGCUUCAAGAUUCAGUGAUUUUUUUCCCUCAACUUUCUAUUGUAAUAACUUGUUUAAAAAAAAAAAGAAAAAGAAAAAAAUCCUCUUAUUUUCUUUGUGCUAUCUUUCUAUAUACUUACAUACUUGGAGCUAAAAAUGUAUCUAUACAUACUUUAUAGAUGCUUAGACAUCCACUAUAGAUACCCCAACUUCACUAUCAAAGCCAAAUGACACCACAGUUGUAUGUCUGCCUCCUCAUGAAAGAAGAAAGCUGGUAAAUUGUGAUUAUAAUAAUAAAAAAAACUUUAAAAUCACUGAUGAGUUUCUCCACCUUGAGUUCUAGGAUGAAUUACCCAUGAACACACCAUGAAAACACAAUGAACUUGAAUGUGUAAAUAUUUUAAGCAGUUUAAUUAAAAUAAAGACAAACAAAACUC